CACUGGUGUGUUGGAAUGUUUUGGAAGCAUGAUGGGAAGGCAGAUGGUCUCUUCAUAAGGGACGUCUGGUCCAGAUGGCCGGUGUGAGUGUGUAUUGCGGUGGUCCAGUGACUUACAGCACAUGCAAACGCUGAAGUGCGAAACUAUCGAAUGUGUAUCUGCACACAGAUCUUCCGAUGUGCUCUUCUCCAUCUGCAUGUGCUGUUAUCUAGUCUUGAGGUCUGGAAGGGAAGGCCCUUGUUCACUAGUGGGUCACCGCUGGAUAUUUCUGCAUUUGCUCUGGACCUGCAGAUAAAGCAGCAGAGGCAGGCAGUGAAACAGCUAGAGGACGAACUAAAACAUCGACGUAUUCAGAUGAGUGGCACACGGUUAGCUCUUCUCUGUCUGAUGGGGCCCCUGCUAGUUCGGGGCCAGAAUGACACGGAGCCCAUCGUGCUGGAAGGGAAGUGUUUAGUCGUUUGUGACUCCACUCCGACCACAGAACCCGCUGGGUAUGCUUUGGGAAUGUCGGUGCGCUCCGGAAACGGCCGCAUCGCCUUCUCGGCUGUGAGGAACAACAACCACGAACCGUCUGAGAUGAGCAACCGCACUAUGACCAUAUACUUCGACCAGGUUCUGGUGAACGUCGGGAGCCAUUUUGAUCCGGCACGGAGCGUUUUCGUGGCUCCUAGAAAAGGAGUGUAUAGCUUCAGUUUCAACGUGGUGAAAGUUUACAACAGACAAACUAUACAGGUAAGUCUGGUGUUGAACGGUUGGCCAGUGAUCUCGGCCUUCGCUGGCGAUCAGGAUGUGACGCGUGAGGCAGCGACCAACGCCGGUCUGGUUACGAUGGAGAGAGGAGACAAGGCCUACCUCAAACUGGAGAGAGGAAACCUGAUGGGCGGCUGGAAAUACUCCACCUUCUCCGGCUUCCUGGUCUUUCCCUCAUAGAAAGAAGUUCACGCAGAAAACUGAUCAAAAGCGCACAUUCAGCAGAAGGACGUGUUCACAAGUGUUCAGACAAGGAUGCUUCUUCUGUUCCUGUACUUACACACACUGCUGGGCUUCUUCCUCUGCAUCUGUUCUAUAUGCAUGAACCUGCUUGUUAAGGUCAGGGAUGCACGUUAUAUGGCACUUUCCACUAACAAGAUACAAAAUAGGGUAUAAAAAUGUUGCUUUCUGACAAACAAUCAGUGAACGGUGCUAAACCUUAAGAUUGUGGUGAUCAUCGUCAACCUCAGGACGUCAAACUAAAUAUGAUAUAAUAUAUUCUGUUAUCUUUUCAUUUUGAAUUUGCAAAUCUUGCAAUCCUGUAACCUGCAUUUGGGAUGUGUUUGCUAUUUUCAAUUAACAUUAAAUAAAGA